GCCAGAAUGACUGCCUCGUAUUGCCUCUCACCGUCUCUUGAACCACUGGCUGGGUUUAUAUCUUCAACACCGUUGGCCCCGAGUUCAAUUUGUCAAUGUCGGCCUUAACGAUUCAUCAUAUCCGCUGACUACAUUUCCUUGAGCAUAUCCUUUUUGAAUUUAGAACUCCAUUUUCCUUCUUCUCUUCGAUUGACCAGGCGAGCUAUUGAUAUCGCCUUUAUGACGACAGACAGGACCGUUUUGUUUGUUGAUGCAUAUGACUCCUUCGCGGAGAACAUUGCAGCUCUUCUUCAACAGAAGCUGCAUGUCACAGUUACCUUGAUCCAUAUCGAUUGCGACAUUCCUGCUCGAUUUGGCCUGAGUGUAGAAGAAUUUCUUUCCACUUUCGAUGCCAUCGUCCUCGGUCCUGGUCCAGGCAAUCCCCAGAAUGAAUCAGAUGUUGGACUAUUCAACACGGUGUGGAAGUGCUCACCUCUACUGAACAUCCCUGUGCUGGGAAUAUGUCUUGGCUUCCAAAGCCUGUGCAUCAACUACGGCCUGCCUGUCGUUAAACUAGGCCUGCCAUGUCACGGACACGCAAAGGCAAUUCUGCACACGGAUUCAGGAAUUUUCAAUGGCGCUGGAAAUGUCGUGGCGACGAAUUACAACAGUCUCGGGGUACGGAGGGCUGAUAUGGACAACUCUUUUGUCUCACGCACCAGUUCCUCAGGCUCCGUUGUCAGUCUGUCAUCUUCUCGCAGUUUUCUAUCAGAUAUUUCGACUCAUGAUGAUUCCGUGUCGAGGUGUCGAGACAGGAAGACUGUGGAUCUGACAAUACUAGCUUGGGACACCGAUAACUGGGUUAUGGCCGUGAAGCACAACCUCCACCAUUUUCACGGCUUUCAAUUCCACCCCGAAUCCUGCAAAUCCAACGAGGCGUGUGUUACACUUCUUAAGAAUUGGUGGGACAGUGCAGCCUUGCACAACGAACGAUAUCGAGUCAACUGUGGCGCGAAGACUCUAGCCAUCCAAUCCCAUUCAUCAUCACAAAUGGAAAAGGGGCCGAUAGAUACUGAGUAUCUGCGCCUGCAAACGAGGCUCGGCCACCUGGGCCGUCAUAUCGGCCAAGACUUACAUUUUGUUACACUGUCAUCAAUCGAAGCACAUGAUGAGAUUGCUCAACUUUGUUACGAUAUGUCAGGGGAUGACAAUUUGGUCAUGCUGGAAUCGACCCGGAAAGGUCGCUAUAGUAUCUUUCCUUUCCCUGACGAGUCCACAUUUCGACUUGAAUACGGCCAGAGCCAAUGCAAGACAGUUGUUGGUUCGUCAGAACAAGUCCAUCGACUGCCACGACAAGCAGUUGUGACGCUAUUGGAGUGGUUCCUUCUUGAGAAGCAGUACACCGCAGAAAGUAGGGAUGUGCCAUUCACAGCCGGAUUCAUGGGCUAUUUGUCAUAUGAGUUCGGGAUAGACUCGCUCAACAUGGAAACUUCCGCCUCUCACCAAGCGUCCUCACCCCGAUCCACAUCUGACAUCAGUCUUGCCUGGGUCGAUCGCAGUAUUGUCGUGGACCACCAUACCCAGACAGUCCACAUCCAGUCGCUACGAAAAGAGGAUGGCAAUUGGUGCGAAGAAAUGGCUCGCAAAAUCAAAGCCAUGACUGCCCCGACCCCGGAUGACUCUCCUUCAGAAUCCAACUCUCUCUUGAGAGAGAUCCAACAGUCUUCACAAUUCCACUGCCCCGAUCACGACUCAUACAUCUCUCAAAUUCAACAAUGCCGUGCCCAACUCAUUGCCGGCAACUCCUACGAAUUAUGUCUAACAACAGAAGCAAGCAUCACCACCCCGAAAGGACGAGACCACGCAUGGAUCCUGUACCGGAAUCUCCAACGUCACAACCCAGUUCCAUACGCUGGCUAUGUACGACUAGGCGGCACAACAAUCUUGAGUUCGUCGCCGGAGCAUUUCAUAUCAUGGACUCCUGAGGGAACAAUCGAUAUGAUGCCCAUGAAAGGUACAGUCAAGAAGAGCCGCGACAUGACGUUCGCCAAAGCAAAGGAGAUCCUAGCAUCGGCAAAAGAAUCGGCCGAAAACCUUAUGAUCGCCGACUUGAUCCGCCACGACCUAUACUCGACCGUGUCUCGCGAUGCCUUGGUUCAAGUGGUCAAGUUGUGCGACGUGAUCGAAACCGAGACUGUAUAUACGAUGAUAUCGCACGUUCGCGCACAUGUACCGCUGGAACAGCACAACAACGACAAGGACAAGAAUGAACCCACCGAGUCUACUUCCCACCCAUCCAGACCCUCCUCCAUCCAACCGCCGCACGAAUCUCGCAACGCCACUAUAACGCGCUACGGCCUCAAAUCAUUAACACGAACUCUCCCCCCUGGAAGUAUGACAGGUGCACCUAAGAAACGAUCAUGUGAGAUCCUAGCCGGUUUGGAACGACGCCAUCGGGGUAUCUACUCAGGUGCCAUCGGUUACAUGGACGUCGGUGGGUUUGGGUCAUGGAACGUGUGCAUUCGCACUGCUUUCGCCAAUGAUUCAGAUGAUCAACAUGACGACAACGGUCGUGUAUGGCAGAAAUGGCGGAUCGGUGCUGGUGGUGCCAUUACCGUACUGAGUGAUGAUGAAAGCGAAUGGGAUGAGAUGAUGACGAAGCUUGAUAGUGUGGUUAAGGCGUUUCAAUCGGUUUGAUCCCAAUGGGAGAGGGAGAUAUAACAGGUAUGGGUAUGGGUUGGGGCAGCGAAAAGGAAGAGGAGGAGAGAACAAGGAACUAGACUGAUGGAUGAGGUAUGUACUUACAUUUCACGGCGUAAUCGACUUUUUCAACAUCAGGUACAAUAUGUCGAUGAUACCCCUUGGGCGGAGAGCAAGUAUGCAUGACUCAACGAUGCAAAAGACUUUUUAGGACUUUCAAUUGAAAUUUUGUUUUCGAUAAGGAUUAAAA